CCGGCCAUCGCGCUGCGCUGGGGGUGUUGAGAGUCACGGGAAUCCCGUCCUGCGUGGGCAGCGGGAGGAUGGAGAACAAGGCCAUGUACCUGCACACCUUCAGCGAGAGGGAGAACGGAUCCAUCUUCGAGGAGCCCUUCGAGGGCAGGAACCUCUCCAAGCUGAACCUCUGCGAGGACGGUGCCGGGCACAGGAUGAAGGCAGCCGGGCGCUGUGGGUGGCUGGGCUCCCUGGCAGCACUCAAGUAUGCUGUGCUGGGGCUCUAUCUCCUCGUCUUCCUCAUCCUCGUUGGUGUCUUCAUCCUCGCAGUCUCCAGGCCGCAGACUUCCCCUGAGGACCUGAAGGCGUUGAUGGGGAACGUGAACCGCCUCAAUGAGAGUUUCCGGGACAUGCAACUGAAGCUGCUGCACCUCCCUCUGAAAGGGGAUGUGAUGGAUCACAUCUGGAGGCUCCAGGACCUUCUCCAGAACCACUCGGACUCCUUGUUCCUCAUGACGGGCUCGCUGCAGAAGCUGGAAGGCCUCCUGUGGAGCCUGCAGACCCAGGCUGGCCAAACCGAUAGGGCCGUGGCCAACCUGUGGGACAGCCUGGCCCUGCAGGGCGAUGCAGCCCAGCAGGAGCUCUACAAGCUCUCAGUGGAAGGCAACAACAGCCGGCUGCUGCUGCAACACCAUGAGCACCUCUUGAGCCACUUGGGCAGCAGGCUGGAGGGCCUGAGCGAGCAGGUGACAGCCGUCAGCGGAGCCGCCGAUGCCAUGAACAGGACCUUCUCCUACGAUGUCAACGUCCACCACAGCCGCAUCCAGGACCUGCAGGUACUGAUCAGCAAUGCCACCGAGGACGCCCGGCGGAUGCGGCUCAUCCACAUCGCCAUGGAGGAGCAGCUGAAGCACGAGCUGGCCAUCCUCGGCAACGUGACGGAGGACCUGCGUCUCAAGGACUGGGAGCACUCCAUCGCACUGAAGAACAUCUCCGUCAUACGGGGCGACGACAUACGCACACCCAGCACAGAGGUGCUCCUCUUGCUGCUCCUCAGUCACGUCAUGGACAGAUGGAUUUUCAUUGGCAGAAACAUAAGGAGGUUCAGUGGGAUCCGAUUCAUACCAGCCCCCAAUUCCGAUAGCAGCUCAGAAUUCAGUCCCCACGUCCUCUGGAACCCAAGUUCAUCUCGGUGGCUUUUCCUUCUUCAAACCAGAGGAAAACCCUGGGAAAGGGUUUCAGAAAGUUCAGCCCAAGAGGGGCACAGCUCGGUGCCGAGGGUGGGGGGCUCUCAUGGGGUGGUUCCUGUGCUGCACCGUGACCCCUUUGCUUCUGUCCUUGCUCCAGGGAUGCCUGGGGAGAGAGGACUACCAGGACCACGUGGCUUGAAGGGGGACAAAGGAGACUUCGGCCCUAUGGGUCCAGCUGGGAUGCGGGGAUUCAAAGGUGAUCGAGGACCAAAGGGAGAGAAGGGAGACCGAGGCAGUGACAUGGCUGCUGCCGAGGAGGGGUUGAUCCGGUUGGCCAACGGCUCGGGACCCCACGAGGGCCGUGUGGAGGUUUUCCACGACCGCCGUUGGGGCACGGUGUGCGAUGAUGGCUGGGACAAGAAGGAUGGGGACGUGGUGUGCCGGAUGCUGGGCUUCCGAGGCGCCGAGGAGGUGUACCGCAUGGCCCGCUUCGGCCAAGGCACGGGCAGGAUCUGGAUGGACGACGUCUCCUGCAAGGGGACUGAGGACAGCCUGCUGCUCUGCAGCUUCUCCAGCUGGGGCAAGACCAACUGCGGCCACGCAGAGGAUGCAGGCGUCAAGUGUGUGACGCCGUGACAGUGGGGACACCCAGUGCUCCUUACCUGCAUUUCCCAAAAGGUUUUAUUGGAGAAAUAAAUGCUUUUUUAUUAUUCUCUAU